AUGAAAUAUAAUAAGUUUUUUCGAUUUUUAAACAAUCCAAGAUUCCUUUUUAGUGUAUUACUGGUCGUUUUAACUACACAAUUAUUUGUUUCUUUUAACAUUUUAUUGUUAGUAAUUAGUGUUAGUAUAUUAGUCUGGAUUAAGAAAUAUAAAUUAGCUUGUUUGAUACUUAUACUUCUUGUAUAUGGAUUGGUAUUUACUAUUAUUUUUAUUAAAUUUAAAAGGUCUGGUGAAGGUGAUGAUACAAAUAACUCUAAUCAUUUAAUUAACAAUAAAAGCAAUGAUACAAUACCUGUAGAAGGUAGAUUUAGUAAUAUAGAUCAAGAAAUUAAUUUAAAUAAUGAUGUACAAACAAUAAAGAAUACUACUGGUAUUUCGACCAAUAAUGUUCCUUUUACAAUAAGCAAGACAUCUAUUUCAGACCAGGCAGGAUCUUUUUUAAAAGAUUUUUACCACAGUAAAAUCUCUAGCGAAAAAGAUAACCCGUGUCUUAAUAAAGUAAAUGGGCCAUUUACCAUUAAUAAUUCUGUUCUCGAUAAACAAGAAGAUGAGCCUUUUAUUGUUAAAGAUUUUAAUCCCAUUAGAUGUUAUAAAGUAAGUAUAUUGGUUAAAUCAAAAAAUAUAGAAAGUAUUACAGAUUCAUCUGGAAAACCUAUUCAACAUGUUGAAUCUGUAACUGUACGUUGA